AUGGUCGGCCCAACUGCGUCCCUUUCCAACCUGAGCCGUGCCGAUGGCUCGGCCUCCUUCAAGUGUCCCACAACAGGCUACAAGAUCCUAGGCUCGGUCAACGCCCCAGUUGAGCUUCCCGGACGUCGCGACGCUCUGAAGCCGGAGGAAGCGACCGUGGAAGUUUUCAUCAAGCCUGGAAACACUACUGCCGGAGUGGGGGAGCGAUAUGUGGAAGGCAUCAUUCGGACGAUGCUCCAAAAGCUGAUUCUGGGCCGCGAACGAGGCUUCCCCCGUCGUGGUGUGGUGAUCACUUUGGCCAUCGUCGGUGGUGGUGCGAUUGCGCGAGGAGAUUCGUACCUCACCUUGCUGCCCUCAUUACUUCACACUUCCUUACUCGCCUUGCUCUCUGGGGCCGUGCCCAUGUCCAUGACCUAUUCCACCGCGUUAGUGGCCGUCUCCAAAUCCAACGUCAUCAUCAGCAACCCCACCCUUGUGGAAGCCAAGGCAGCUUCCUCCUUGCACGUGCUGGCCUUUUCCUCCAAAGGCCACCUCCUUCUGAAUGAGAGUCAGGGCCGCUUCGACUUUGAUACCUGGAAGACCGUACAGCAGUGUGCCCAUGCCCUGUGUCGGGGCGUCGACUUGCCUGAAGUAGACGGAGACAUUGCCAUGGAGGCCCAAGGCGACUCCGGCACUGCGGAGGGCUUUGUCCGUGAGACUGUGGAGAAUCAUUUGUAUCGCGAUUACGCGUGGAAAAUCGACACCGAGUGA